UAAAAGAAAUGGCUAUUGGUUGGACGUUUAGUUUCCUCAUCCUUGGACUUCGAGUUCGGUAAAGUUGGGCAUUUGUUUUAUUGAUCUCGUUGGUGUCGUCUGCUGUAUUUUGUUCUCUGAUUUGCUAUUUUUCUCCGCCGAAGAUGUCUCUGGAUGAGAAGUUCAACAAAGCUGUAGAAGAUUCAAAAAAUUUGAAGUCAAAGCCAAUAGAUCAAGAAUUACUUGAUAUCUAUGCCUUGUUCAAACAAGCUACUGUUGGAGAUUGUAACACAAGUCGACCUGGUAUGCUUGACUUCAAAGGCAAAGCAAAAUGGGAUGCCUGGAAUGGUCGAAAAGGCAUGCCAACAGAUGAAGCCAAAGAAGCGUACAUUAAUAGGGUCAAUAUUUUAAUCGAAACUUAUGGAUUAAAAUGAAGUUUUCAAAUGUGUAACAAUAAAUUAUAUGUAAUCUUAA